CUUUGCCGUAGACACGCCUUGUUGCCAAGGCAGCGAGAAAGAAGCUGUGAAAGGAUGCUGUUUACGUGUGUCAAAAGUUUAGUUUAGUCCAAUUUUUCGCGCGUGACAACGUUUUGGACAGGGUUGUGUAGAUAAAACUAACUCAUUAUUAUCUUUCAAAGUAUUUUGUUGUGGUGAAGUUACCGACAAUCCGCAAAUACUUUCGCUAGCUAAACCAGUAACAGGUUGGGGAUGCUAGUUGCUAAUUAGCAUGUAGCGUUUGAAUGGUUUCUAUUCGUAGGUGAUUUUGAGGCUAGGCGUAUUUUAAUGACAUUUUUACAGCUAGAAAUCCUACUAUACUCCUCUAAAAGGCGAGCAAGCCUCACUAGCCACCAUGGGCACGGCCUCCUCCCUAGUCAGCCCCGGAGAGGUGAUCGAAGACGGAUACGGGGGAGAGGGCGGAGAGGCAUGCGAGAUCCCCGUGGAGGUGAAACCCAAAGCCCGGCUUCUGCGCAGCUCCUUCCGCCGGGGACCUCGGGUGAUCGGGGCCAGCUUCAAGUCGACGGGAUCAGUGGACCUCGAGUACGCCGCCGAGUACGAACGGCUUCGGAAGGAGUACGAGAUCUUUCGCGUGAGCAAGAAUAACGAGAUCACGUCCAUGCAGAAGAAGGAAGCCAAGCUGGACGAGGAGAAUAAAAGGCUGAGGGCUGAGCUACAGGCUUUGCAGAAGACCUACCAGAAGAUCCUGAGAGAGAAAGAGAGCGCCCUGGAGGCUAAGUACCAAGCUAUGGAGAGAGCCUCCACAUUUGAGCAUGAUAGGGAUAAAGUAAAAAGGCAGUUCAAGAUCUUUCGGGAGACGAAGGAGAAGGAAAUCCAGGACCUCCUUCGGGCCAAGAGAGACUUGGAAUCCAAAAUGCAACAACUGCAAGCUCAGGGCAUCCAGGUUUACUCUCCCAAUGAUUCUGAUUCAGAUGACAACCAAACAACUGUGACUGCUGCAGGAACCCAGUGUGAGUACUGGUCUGGGGGAGUGCUGGGAAGUGAGCCCUCGAUGGGUAGCAUGAUGCAGUUGCAGCAAACAUUCCGGGGUCCGGAGUUCGCUCACAGCCUCAUCGACGUGGAGGGUCCAUUCGCGAAUGUGAGCAGGGAUGACUGGGAUGCAGCGGUGGCCAGUCUCCUGCAGGUCUCACCUCACGUUCCUCAAGCCUUGUGGAGCAAUACAGUGCGCUGCUACUUCAUUUGCACACCAGAGACCAAGGCUGAGAUGGAUAUCUUUAGCAAGAAACACUCUCCAGUGCUGAGGAGGCUGUGUGAAGGCCUCGGACAUUUCUACCUGAAUGUCUGCUUCAAUGAAGAAGCCGCCGCCUCCUUUGUGUCGGUGCGCAAACAGGAAAUCGAAAGGAGCUCAGUUUGUGUGCUUCUUCUAAAAUCCACUGUCAACAGCUCUGUGGUGGAGGACUGCGAGGAGGCUUUUGUGAAGAAUCCAGAUGGACACCCGUUAGUGCUUUACCUCAGGACAGCAGCAGAUGGGAACUUCACCGGACCCACCAGGAAGCUUCUGGAAAGGGUCAACGCUGCUGACAAGGCUGCUAAAAUAAAGGUUUUAGAUCAUAGCGGUUCUGCUGAAGACGGGGCCAGCCUCAUUUCUGCUCAGCUGGAGAAAGUCAUCAAACAGGAGCUGCUUGGUUUCGAAGGUGCAGAUGCCGACCCAAAAGACUCCACGAUUGAAGAGGGUCGCGAGGAAGAUUCAGGCGACGUCCUGUGGGACCUUCACGACGAGCAAGAGCAGAUGGAAUCGUACCAACAAGCGUGUGGGAGCACCAGCUCCCAGCUUGGUUUCCAAAAGUACGUUGACCGGCUCAACGACAUGAUCGCUGCCCCUCCCCCGACGCCGCCUCUGCUGGUGUCAGGCGGUCCGGGCUCAGGGAAAUCCCUUCUCCUCGCCAAAUGGAUCGAGCUACAGCAGAAACAGUCCCCCAACAAUUUGUUCCUCUACCAUUUCGUCGGGCGACCUUUCUCCUCCAGUUCUGAGCCCGUCCUCAUUAUCAAACGCCUCACGGUUAAGCUUCUGCAACACUUUUGGUCAAUUUCCGGCUUGUCCAUGGAACCUAGCAAGACCCUGGAGGAGUUUCCGCGCUGGCUCGAGAGGCUCUCGGCGCGCCACCAGGGCAACAUCAUUAUCAUCAUAGACUCCAUUGACCAAAUACAGCAAGCAGAACGACAUAUGAAGUGGUUGAUCGACCCGCUGCCCGUCAACGUCAGAGUGGUGGUAUCUGUUAAUGUGGAGACGUGUCCUCAAGCGUGGCGGUUGUGGCCGACUCUUCACUUGGAUCCGCUGAGUCCCAGGGAGGUCAGGAGUGUGGUUACCGCUGAGUGCCUGAACAUGGACCUUCAACUCGUCAAAGAUCAGGAGAAGAAGCUGGAACGACACUGCCGAUCAGCAUCAACCUGCAACGCUUUGUAUGUCACGCUGCUUGCCAGGAUGAGCACCAGAGGAUGGUCGUUUGAGAAGAAUUUGGAACAGUGCUUGCAAUGUCAGGACACCUUGUCUCUCUACCGCCUGGCUCUCAAAAUGACUCUGGACUCUUUUAGCUCGGACAGAGAGCGACACACAAUGAAAGAGAUACUAUGCCUGGUGUAUUCCAGCCACAAUGGAGUGAGUGAGUCAGAAAUUCUCGAUCUUUUCCCGGAGUUGGAAUUUCCAGUGCUGGCGUCGAUGCUCUUUGGUUUGAGCAGACUCUGCGUGCUCACCCUCCACUGCGGUCUCAUCAGAUUCCAACAUCUGCAGGCACGAGAAGCAGUCAGAUUAGAGUUUCUGAGCGGAGGACGCAGUUGUGCCACAUACAGAGAGAAACUGAUCCACUACUUCAGUCAGCAACUCAGUCAUGAUCUUGUAACGUGGCGUGUCGCCGAUGAGCUGCCCUGGUUGCUCCAGCAGCAGGAAGACCGGACCAAACUGCAGCUGAGCCUCUUGAACCUGUUUGUGUCUCAGAACUUGUACAAGAGGGGUCAUUUCUCCGAGCUGCUGGCUUACUGGCAAUAUGUGGGCAAAGACAAAAGCUCCAUGGCCACCGAGUAUUUCGACUCGUUGAAGCACUACGAGAAGAACUGUGAGAGCGAGGACAGCAUGACCAAAUUGGCCAACUUGUAUGAGACUUUGGGACGCUUCCUUAAAGAUCUGGGCUUGCCCAGUCAGGCCGUGGCUCCUCUUCAGAGAUCGCUGGAGAUCCGAGAGACCGCCCUGGACCCCGACCAUCCCAGCGUGGCGCGCUCCCUGCACCAGCUUGCCGCCGUGUACGUCCAGUGGAAGAAAUACGGAAAUGCCGAGCAGCUGUACAAGCAGGCGCUGGAGAUCAGCGAGAACGCCUAUGGGGCUGAGCACGGCAGCGUGGCGCGAGAGCUGGAGUCCCUCGCUGUGCUCUAUCAGAAACAAAACAAGUAUGAACAAGCGGAGAAACUCAGGAAGCGGUCCAUGAAGAUUAGGCAGAAAACAGCUCGCCAGAAGGGCCAUAUGUAUGGCUUCACACUAUUGCGUCGCCGAGCCCUCCAGCUUGAAGAGCUCACCCUCGGAACAGACUCCGCCGACUGCGCCCGGACCCUUAAUGAAUUGGGCGUGCUCUACUACCUCCAGAACAACUUGGACGCGGCCAAGGUGUUCCUAACACGCUCGUUGGAAAUGCGCCAGCGCGUCCUGGGCCCAGAGCACCCAGACUGCGCUCAAUCUCUCAACAACCUGGCGGCGCUACACACGGAGAGGCGGGACUACGAGGCGGCGGAGGAUAUGUAUGAAAGGGCGCUAGAUAUUCGCAAGAGGGCCCUCUCGCCGGACCACCCCUCGCUCGCUUAUACGCUCAAACACCUGGCCAUGCUCUACAAGCGCAGGGGGAAAUUGGAGAAGGCGGUGCCCUUGUAUGAGCUCUCACUGGACAUUAGGGAAAAGAGUUUUGGGCCCAAACAUCCCAGCGUCGCGACAGCGUUGGUCAAUCUGGCCGUCAUCUACUGCCAGCUGAAGAAACACAGCGAAGCGUUACCACUGUACAAGCGAGCGCUCAAAGUGUACGAAGACAGUCUGGGACGCUCUCAUCCUCGCGUUGGGGAGACGCUCAAGAACCUGGCGGUGCUGAGCUAUGAAGAAGGCGACUUCGAAACGGCGGCAGAGCUGUACAAACGCGCCAUGGAGAUCAAGGAGGCGGAGCCGUCACUGGCGUGCAGUAACGCACCUUCUCGCCACUCGUCUAGCGCCGACACGUUCAGCCUGAGAGGACCCGCCCCCCUCCCACAAGGUCCCAGUACUGGUCAGUCCAAUCCCACUUUCUUGAUUCGGACAACUUCCAAAAGCUAUGUUCUCAGGAAAAAGCCUCCUGGUGAGCUGCUACCCGGUGCCCACCAGGUGGACAGGGAAUAUCGCGUCCAGAAGGCCUUGUAUUCUGCUGGAUUCCCUGUUCCUGAGCCCCUCCUCCACUGCACUGAUGUCAGCAUCAUCGGAACAGAAUUCUACUUGAUGGAGCAUGUUGUGGGGCGCAUAUUUCGGGACCUUCGCUUGCCCGGAGUGAUCCCAGCAGAACGGACGGCUCUGUAUGUGGCAGCGGUGGAGGUUUUGGCCAAGCUGCAUUCACUGGACUUGGCAGCACUCAAGUUAGAUGGUUUUGGAAAAGGAGCAGGGUACUGUCGGAGACAGGUUUCCACGUGGACUAAGCAGUACAAUGCAUCAACUCACAGAGACAUCACUGCCAUGAAUGACCUUUCCGCAUGGUUGAUGAGCAAUUUGCCUGCCGACGAUCAUGAAGUCACGCUGGUCCACGGAGAUUUCCGAGUGGACAACUUAAUAUUCCAUCCAACUGAGGCUCGUGUGCUAGCAGUGUUGGACUGGGAGCUGUCUACCACCGGGGAACCUUUGGCAGAUCUGGCCUACUUCCUCUCUCCUCACUACUGGCCUAUCAGCCUCGAAGUACUGAGCUCGAUGGGUAGCUUGAGAGGCAUAGAAGGUAUUCCCACAAUGGACGACCUGAUCUCCAUUUACAGACGCUGCCGGCUGAUCCCGUCCGCUUUGCCACCUUUAAAUUUCUACUUGGCACUCUCCCUUUUCAAACUGGCAGGAAUCGCUCAGGGGGUCUAUGCACGCCACCUACUGGGCAACGCCAGUGCCUCCAAUGCCGCCGAGUUAGGCCAGUGCGUCGAACCCUUGGCUGUGCUCGCCCUGCAGCUCGUACAUAGGCCUCUGGCUCGACAGGAAGCCGGGCUUUUUCUGCAAACGGCCAAGGGUCGGGCAGUGCUCCAACAGGUGAAGGACUUCAUGAGACAGCACGUGCUUCCCGCACAGAAGGGAGUCGAGGAGUACUAUAUCAAAAACGCUCAUUCCCCACUGAGGUGGAACACGCCCCAAAUAAUAGAAGACUUGAAGCUAAAAGCCAGAGAGGCCGGGCUAUGGAACCUCUUCCUGCCGGCAGCGAGCGGCCUCACUCAGCUAGACUACGCCUACAUCGCUGAAGAGACCGGACGUUGCUUUUAUGCUCCGGAGGUUUUUAACUGCCAGGCGCCGGACACGGGUAACAUGGAAGUGCUGCACAUGUUUGGCAGCGAAGAACAAAAGAAGACGUGGUUGGAGCCUCUGCUCAGAGGAGAGAUGCGAUCGUGCUUCUGCAUGACAGAACCCGACGUGUCCUCCAGCGACGCCACCAACAUGGCCUGCAGCCUCCGUCGAGAGGGAGAUCAAUUUGUCAUCAAUGGGAAGAAGUGGUGGAGCAGUGGUGCAGGGAAUCCUCGAUGCAAAGUGGCCAUUGUGAUGUGUAGGAGCGCCCCCAAGGGUGACGGAAGCAGACACGCCGGGCACAGUAUGAUACUGGUGCCGAUGGAUAUGGCAGGUGUGAAGUUAAUCAGGCCUCUCACUGUUUUUGGACAAGAUGACGCCAUCCACGGAGGCCAUUUUGAGAUUCAUUUUGAAAAUGUGCGCGUUCCAGUCACCAACAUCAUUCUUGGCGAGGGCCGAGGCUUUGAAAUAGCUCAAGGUCGUCUGGGACCCGGCCGGCUGCAUCACUGCAUGCGAGCCGUGGGCCUGGCCGAGCUGGCGCUGGAGCUGCUCUGCCGACGUGCCGCCUCCAGGCAAACUUUUGGCAAGAAGCUCUACCAACAUGAGGUGGUGGCUCAUUGGAUAGCGGAGUGCCGACUCAUGAUUGAGCAAACCCGCUUGCUGAUGCUCUGCGCGGCUCACGCGCUCGAUACGGUCGGCGCUCAUGCGGCUCGCAAACAGAUUGCGUUGAUCAAAGUGGCAGCAGGCAGGAUGGUAUGCAAAGUGGUAGACUGCGCCAUCCAAGUGUACGGAGGCGCCGGCGUUUCUGCUGAUUUUCCUCUGGCGCAAAUGUAUUCCCAUGCGAGAACUCUUCGUCUUGCUGAUGGACCAGAUGAGGUUCAUUUGUCCUCCAUUGCCCGUCUGGAACUGAGAGAUCAACUCGCCAAAGCUAAACUGUGAUAUGAUCAUCAAAAGUGAAAAGCCUUCUGAUCCAGGGAUUUAAGCAUUUGUGAUAGUGAAAAGGUACUUUAAUCUUCUUCCAUCCUGCUAAAUAUAAGAUACUAAGUAUGAAAAAAUUUUGGUGUCUUUGACAAGAAUAAAGUCUUAUUUUCAUACGUCCGCUGUAUAUUUGGAGGUUUCAAUAAGCAGGAUCUACCUACUCAACGAUACAUAAUGCGUCUUUACCAAUCAUGUUUGAAAAGUGCUUUUCUCAAAUCAUGAGACAAAAAAAUGGACUGAGAUGACAAUUUAAAAUGUGCCAAAAAAGUUUAUUUUUGGGAAAAGUCAAAUUUUGACUUUUUUGUAAGGGGGGGUGCUUACGCAUUUUUUCAAAAUUUCAAAAACGGUAAAAAAAACACUUUUGGGCCAAGGGGCGCCGGGAAACGUUCCAA